CGCAAUUGUUUGGCAGUUGGAUUUCGGCCACGGUUCCAUCAUGAUGGCCAUUCGAUUGAGUUUUGUGCUUCUGGCCUUCUUCUUUACUAGUUCUUACCAGCUUUCCAAGCCCGAGGAUUCAACCUAUUGGGCAGCGGUGGUGGAACACAUGGAGCCGGAGGGUGAUUCUGCCCGGAAACGCACCAGUUCCGCCUCACAAUCCUUUCAGAAUAUCAUCAGAGAUGUAGACGAUGUGGACAUAAUCGUAUUUCCCGAGCAUCUUCUAAAUAGUCAGGCUACUGCCACCUUUGUACCCCAUGAAUCCCAGAACAUUACGCCCUGCUACCAAGCGGACUAUGAGCUCUUUCUCAUCGAAUUAUCCUGCGCGGCGAGAUCCAGGGCCAUCUACGUGGUGAUAAAUGUGGUGGAGAAGGAACUCUGUGCCAAUGGAGCCGGAUCCGAUACCUUCGGCCCGUGUCCUUCGACAGGAGUUCAGUACUUCAACACCAAUGUGGUCUUCGACCGAAAGGGCAGGGUUAUCUCGCGAUAUCGGAAAAGCCACCUGUGGCGUCACGAAUACGCGGAGACAUCGGUUCUCCGUACUCCCGAUGUAUCCACCUUUACCACAGAUUUCGGUGUAACCUUUGGCCAUUUCAUCUGCUUCGACAUGUUGUUCUAUGAGCCGGGCGUGAAGUUGGUAAGGGAACUCAAUAUAACGGAUAUCGUAUAUCCUACUUAUUGGUUUUCGGAACUGCCAUUUCUGGGAGCUGUGCAACUGCAAGAGGGUUGGGCAUUUGGCAACAAUGUUAAUCUGCUGGCGGCGGAUGCCAGUCGACCCGAUGGAAGGACCACUGGUUCUGGGAUAUAUGCAGGUCGGGGUGGAAGACUUGUGGCGGAGAUUUUCGAGGAACCCACAACCAAGUUGAUGAUAUCGGAGGUUCCCAAAAGAGAGUAUGGUCAACUGGCGCCCAUUUUCACACCCCUCUUCACGCCACAGUUGAAAACACAACGAGUCACUGGAGUGGCCACCUACAGGGAUUACAAUGUGGAUAUAUUCGAGAGUGAACUUUUGACGGAGGAUUUCUUGAGCUUGGAAAGGAAGUUGUGCCACGGCAGCUUUUGCUGUUCCUUUGCCAUCGAACGGAAGGUUACCACAGCCAGCGCCAAUGAGGUGACCUCUACGGAUCCCAAGACCUAUCGCUAUAGAAUAGCCGCCUAUUGGGGCGAUGAAACGACCGUGAUUCGAGUGGAUCGCACCGAGCAGGCGAUUUGUGCCCUGUUCGCUUGUACGGACGAGCAUAUCAGCAGUUGCGGUUACAUAUUUCCCGCAGGCCAGGAGGUCAUCAAUAAGCACCAUUUUACCAAGUUGAAUAUGACUGGUAAUUUUCCAGCAGCUCCUCGUGGUCGUCGACUGAUCAUGCCCAGCACCUUGAAUGCCCUUUUCUUGCCAGUUGCUGUUUCGGAUUUCGAUUGGAGUGAGUCACCAGAGGCGGGGCCAAAUCCAGAUAAACCUAUAUCUGUGGCUUUGAGCCUAUCAAAGGCGCAGAACGACCUGCUGACCUUUGCCAUUUGGGCAAACUAUUUCACCGAGUUGCCCAGCACCCACAACUUGGAUCACAUGCAACCGAAUUUCACUAGUCCCUCGACUUCUGGUUCCCCUGGAUUGUAUGCCUCCAGUGUUUUGUGGGCACUUGCCUGUCUGUUCUUUAUGCUAUACAUAAGUGCUCUUAUUCUGCCAAGCCAUUAUAAUGAAUUAUUAAGUUAAUACACCAGCAACUACUUUGGCACAUACAAAUUAUUUAAAUUUCCUGCAGAUUCUGUGAGUCACAUUUUCUUACACAUUUUUUUUUUAUCUCUAGAUAACACGCGAUCACAUUGUGACUAAUGAUACAAAAAAAGCAAAAAAGGGGAUUUUAAAUCUCUGCCUAAAAGUUAAAACGUAAUGUUUGUUAACAAACUAAUGAUAAAUACAAAGUAUAAAAUAAAAGUAGAGCCCCAAAUGUUAUAUCAUUUUAUAAGGGUAUAUAAUGAGUUAAAUAAAACACUUACGAUUUGUAUUAUUGUGUGAAUAGAAGC